AUGUCUUUGGCAAAUUACUCCAACAUGAACUCUGUCUCCAUUGCAAAUAGCUUAGGAUCUGGUUCACGGGCACCCAUACUUAUUCCUGAAGAGUAUAAUUCGUGGGUUGGCCGUAUGAAUCUUCAUCUUAAUGCUAUAAAUGAAGAUGUCUGGAAGUGUGUAGAAGGAACAUAUGUUACUCCAGAAAAUAUGGCUACUCUUGCUACAAAUCAAGCCACUCAAGUUGAAAUUACAAAAAAGUUGGAACUCCAAGCCAAAAAGGAACUUGUUUCUGGAAUACCUCACAGUAUUCUAAGUCAAAUGGAUGACAUUAUACUGUUAACCGCAAAUCAAAUUUGGGAGAAUUUGAAAAAUCGUUUUUGUGGAAAUAAAAGAAUCAUCGGAAACAAAAGAACAUCUGUUUUGAAUGAAUUUGAUAAUUUCAAAAUGCUUUCAUCAGAAACCAUCCAUGAUGCUCAUGAUAGGUUCAAUUUGAUUAUGGGAAAUCCAGCUAUUCAUACCGAAUCUUUGUACGAUUUGUAUGGAGAACUUCAAUCGUAUGAAUCCUCGAUUGACCCACCAACCAUUGCAGCUUUUGGAGGACCACUUGCACUUGUGUCCACAACUUCUCAAAACCAAACACCUUUCAAUGAUCAAAACUUUAAUCAUUUUAAUCAGACUACAUCUUUUCAAAACCAAGCCUUCCAGUCUGAUUCAAAUGAUGAAGCAGAUUAUCAACAACUAUUCCAACAAAACCAUUCUCAACCUUCCCAACAAGCCCAAACUCAAACACCUGAAAGACUUCCGAUUAAAAGUCAAAAGGAUGAUAGUGAUGAAGAAGUGAUCAUUUGUCACAACUGCAAAGGAACAAAUCACUAUGCCAGAGAAUGUCGAGCCAAAAACAAAACCAAAAUCAAAGACUCAGCAUACUAUGCUCAAAGAGCCGAUGAAUUGAAGAAACUGGAAAACCAAGAAAAGCAAAGAGCAUUGAUGGCAAUCCAUGAACCAAGUGUGGAAUACUGGCCAACUUCUGAUGACGAAGCUGAACACGAACCAACACAAUCAAAGUUCUGCUUCGUAGCUGGUGUUGAAAUACCUUCAAGAGCUCCAAACGUCAUAGAACAGGUAUGGUCUAUGAUCUCUGAACUUGGUUUUUCCAAAACAAUUUUUGAGUCCCACAUAACCAAAAUUGAGACUAGUCUGGAAACUGAUCUCAAAACAUAUCAUGACACAAUGGUCAAUUAUGAUAUUUGCAAAUCUGAGUUACAAACCUUGCAACUCAAAUUUGGAGAAUCAACAAGAACUAAAAGCAAAUUGGAAAGAGACGUUGAAAGAAAAUCAGAAGAUUAUAAUCACGUCUUGGAACAAUUAAAUCAGUCCCUAAUUCAGAAAAGGGAUUUGGAACUAAAAGAUCAGUCAAUCAUUUCUUCUGAAACAAAAGAUGUUUUAGAAAUGGAAAUCCUUCAGUUGAAACAAGACUUUCAAGAAUCAACUGAUAAAUACAAUAUUCUAAAUGAAAAACUGACUGAUUCUUUAAAACAAAUCAAUUCUCUUAAAACCGAGAAUAAAAGACUGAUAUGGAAUAUGGAUUCUAUCAAAGUUGCUAGAAAACUAAGUGAUGAUAUUUUCACAAAGGCAAACACCUUAGGAACUGGCAAAAUUGAUACGAAUUAUAGACCAGGAAUUGGAAGAGAAUCCUUUGAAAUUGAACAAGCAGAACAGGAAAACAUGACGAAUUGUGAAAAAUCUGAAUCUACUCUACCAGAUCUUUUCACAUCUCUUAAUGAGGAAGAUUCAGAUGACGAAACAGUUAUCAACUGUAGUCCAGAUGAUACUGCUUUCAGUGUUUCCAAAAAGUCUUUCAAAAGAGUUGUAAAUUCUGAAACAAACUCUGCAAGUUCUUUAACUCACCAAAUCAAACAUACCGAUGGAACCACUAAACUCAAAAACUUUUUGAAUGGAGAAAAUUCCUCUUAUGAGGAUGGUAGUACUUCUAUACCAACUAUUUUUCCUACAAUGACUUCAUCAAUUGUACUUAAUGCUGGAAAACCCAAUGAUGAUACAUGGUAUAUUGAUAGUGGCUGCUCCAAGCAUAUGACAGGAAACCGGAACUACUUACGUGACUUCAAACCUAUACAAACCAAUCAAGAUGUUACCUUCGGAAACAACAUGAAAGCAAAAAUCAAAGGUUAUGGAAACAUAACAAAUGGUAAUUUUACCAUAAAGAAAGUUGCCUUCGUCGAUGACCUGAAACACAACCUCAUCAGUGUUUCUCAACUGUGUGAUAACAAUCUUGAAGUUCUUUUCACCAAACAACGAAGCUUGAUCAUGGAUGCCAAAACAAAAGAUGUUAUAGUUGAUUCUGACCGUGCCGGAAAUAUGUAUCCACUUGACAUGGAUCUUAUCUACGGUAAACCCGAUAUAUGUCUGCUAUCUAAAGCCCCAGCAGAUAUUAGUUGGUUAUGGCACCGUCGCCUUUCCCAUCUAAACUUUGGGUACAUCAACAAAUUAAUCGGCGAUGAUCUUGUUCGAGGGCUACCACUCCUGAAGCUUGAUAACGAAACUCUUUGUGCCGCAUGUGAAAAAGGAAAACUUUCCAGAUCCACUCACAAAAUCAUCUCAAAAUCUAGUGUAUCCGAACCACUAGAAUUGUUGCACAUAGACCUUUGUGGCCCUGCCAAAACCCAAACCAUACAAGGGAAGAAGUACAUUCUUGUUGUCGUUGAUGGUUUCUCGCGCUUUACUUGGGUCUUUUUCUUAAGACUAAAAUCAGAAGCACCUGAAGAGAUGAUCAACUUCAUCAAACAAAUCGAGCUGAAGCUGAAAUGA